CAUUUACGAAAGGUAGAACAACAACUCGCGGAUACCCAAGCUACCUUCGAACAACACAAGCGUCAAUCCCAGCAAACAAUAGAGAACUUGGAAAAGCGGUUCCGUGACCAAAUGCAGCAGGUGCAGAACGGUAGCGACGAUGCGGCACAAGCAUGGUUGGAGAAACAUCGUGGAGCUCAGCAGGAAGUGAAUCGGCUUCACGAUGCGUUGCAACGGCUGGAGCAAGACCAUCUUUUGGAUCUUGAACAAUUGAAAGAAACGCAUCAACAGGAACUGGAAUCAUGGCAAGAGAAAUGUGAAGCAAAGGAACAAUUGAUGAAUGGACUUUCUGAACAAAUCGAAUUGUUGCAGUCCAAGGUCGAAACCUUGCAAACAUCGUUGGAAGAAGCCACCAUUCGUCUAGAACAGCAUACGUCGUCCUCCACACGGACCAGUCGUGAAGGUUCACCGAAAGGAUCCGUCGCGACCGCGAAUGACGAUGCUAAGCUGCAUCAACAGUGCGAAGCACGCUUGCGAGCACGACAGCAAGAAAUAGAUGAACUGCAAGCUAGAAUUGUAGUGUUGAAAGAAUCCCAUGAGCAGCAACUCAAUCGGUUGGUCCAGGAAAAAGCUCGCGAACUGCAAGAAUUACAAAAAGAAUUUAGUGUGUUGACAGAAACACAACAAAAAGAUACCACACAAUACGAGGAAAGAUUGCUUUCUAUUGUGCAACAACACAGCAAAGAGAUCACCGUGCUGCAUGAACAAUACCAAAUAUUGAUCGAUAAGAAAGACCGUGAAUUGGAAGACUACGCAUACCGAGUCAAGGCACUUGCAGCGCAACGACAAAAGGAGAUGGAUAAAUUGCGUACA